UGUCUGGUUUUCACUGUGUGUGCGUGUGUGUGUGUGUGUGUGUGUGUGUGUGUGUGUGUGCGCGCGCGCGUAAUCCCUGAGAGGCUGCCUUGUCGGCAGCUCUCCAACACUCACAACGAGGAAGCAGCAGACACCCGCGGCGCAGCAUCAUUCUAAGCUUCCAAGAUGCCGAAGCGCAAGUGCAGCUUCAUAGAUGAACUGCAGAAAAAAAUCCCAAUUUACCGUCCCGACCCGGUCGGGAUAUAUGGGAGGCUGAGUGCACCAUGUGCAAAGCUGGCACAUAUGAUUCUGUGUCUAAUAAAGGUGCCGGGGACCUCAAAGUUGGAUUUUCUAAUACAGAAGAGGGUGAAGAAGCAUGACAUGUGUCUCAAGAUGGAUGAGCUUGACGUCUCGCCUCCUCACAGGAACAGGCUAAACACACAGAAGAAAAAAGCGGAAAAAGGAAAUUCUUCUGGAAAACAUGGUGAUAAGACUACAGAGGCCCCAACUGCCAAAGCUGCCAUGGACACCCUGAGAAAGGAAAGGGACAAGUGGAAAGCACGUGCUGAGUUCCUGGAGGAAAAACUUUCAGAUGUCACAUCAGAACGUGAUAUUUGCAGGACUCAGCUCUCUGAUGCUUUGGCAAGUCUCAAGGGGGCUCAGCAGUCCAGAAGAGAAGACAGUGAUGAUGAAGCGAUGGGGGGAUCUGAGAUGCAGCAUGACAGUGAAGACGACAGUGAGGACGACUCUGAGUCCAGCUCUGAUUCGUCAGAGAGUUCCGAUUCAUCGCCGGACAGAAAGAGGAAGAAGAAGGGGAAAGGGAAGGGAAAGAAGAGUGGGAAGAAAAGAAAGAAUAAGAAGGAGAAAAAGGCGUAGAAAAGUAAACAUCGCUCUCGCCAGCGGGUUGGAGGACCAGGAGAUGUGGUGAAGAGGUACAAGGAAGUCCUUGCCAUUUUCCAGACGGGGAAGAAUAUGGCCAAAUCCUUCGAGAAGUAUGGAAUAGACAGACUUACUAUUGUGAAGACUGCAGCGAUUGCCGAGCUCGCAAUAGCUGGGGAUAGACUUAUGGACAGACAGGUAGACUGAUAGACAGUGUAGAGACUAACAGACAGUGGGGAGACUGACGGGCGGGUCAGUGAGAGACUGAAAGGGGGGAGACAGUGUGGAAACUGACAGGGGUAGACUGACAUACAGGCAGAUUGACAGAUUGGGUAGAUAGACAGACGGGUAGACUGACUGAGCGGGAAGACUGAUCGACAGGGAGCGGACAUUUCCAGGUAGGGUAAACAAAGGGCAGCCUGGGCUCUGCAGCAUAAACACACACAUACACACACUGUGCUGCUAUGUUCAUGCCCCCUCACCAUAUUGUCAUCUAACAUGUACACCAUUAGUGAAUGAUUAGUAGAUGUAUUAGGUAGCUGUUACUUAAUGCUUAUUCACUCCAAAUAAACACCUUUAGUAAAUGAUUACUAGAGACAUUAUUAACUUUUUACUAAUAUAUUAAGUAAUGUAUUAAUAGGGACUUCCGGUGGUGACGCGCCCAAGAUGGCUGCUUAGGAGAAGCGGGCUGAGCCAACCUAGCUGUUUUCCCCGUUAUUUUAUAAAUUGAAAUUGCAAAAGUACGUAUACCGCUGGCGAAAUAGCAACUGCAAAGUAAUAUGUCGGUGAAAAGCCACUCAUUCAGAAAACCCAAAUUCUGUUACAAAACUGGGAUAAAUUGUAUAUUUCCUUGAUUGGCAGACUCAAUUUGGUAAAAAUGAUUGUAACUCCCAAGAUCAAUUAUAUCACUUGCAUGUUACCGCUACAUCUUCCUCCCUCACUACUUAAAACAUAUAACGGGAUGAUAGAGAAGUUUAUUUGGUCAGGAAAAAAACCCAUGUUUAAUCGGACCAAGCUAUAUGCUGCAAAAGACAAGGGGGGAUUAGCACUUUCACGAAUAGACUCGUAUCAUUUGUCAUUUUCUUUAUCUCAGCUAUCUAAAAUUCACCUACCCCCUACAAGGACCCCUCUGUGGGUCAGGAUAGAAGAGCAACUAGUGUAUCCUUUUUCUGUGGAGGCCUUUCUUUCACAAACAGAUAGGCCGGUUCCCUUCCAAGACCCGGUACUGGCUUUUUCCAGAGAGUCUUGGAGAAUAGCACAUCAAAUAACGAAAGCCGAUCCAUAUUUAUCAAGCAGAUCCUCCAUAUGGUAUAACAAGAAACUGUUAAUAGAUAAGAAGAGUUUCUUUUGGGAUAAAUGGAUUAGGUCUGGUAUUCACAUUCUUGAGGAUGUGAUGGGAGAUGUUGGAUUCAGAUCCUUUGACGAAAUAAAAAAUAAAUAUAAUUUGUGUAAUUCAGAUUUUUGGAGAUUUCUACAAAUCAGACAUUGCAUUCUCUCAAAUAAAGAACAUAUCCAGCAUGGUACAACUGGAAUUCAGGAAAUUUAACAUAAGAUAGGAGAUAAAAACAGAGGAGCAUCAAAAUUCUAUGAAUUUAUUAGAAGUACACAAGUGCCAAAACUGGAUGGUCUGAAAGUAUGUUGGGAUAGGGACCUAGAUCGGGAGAUUCCAGAAAUUGAUUGGAAGAAACUCUAUGCAUCAUGGUACUGUUACUCACGUGAAACACAGUCACAACUCAUUUGUUAUAAGAUAUUAAAUAGAUCCUACUGGACUCCUUCCAAAUUAGCAAGACUGAAACUCAGAAACUGUGACAUAUGUUGGAGAUGUAAUAGAAAGGUGGGAACUCUGGUGCAUAUGUUAUACGAUUGUGACAAAACUAAUGACAUGUGGAAUGAAAUAAUUUCGUUCUUGAAUAAGAUGUUUGGUAUACUAUAUCAAAAACCCCACAUUGUGUCUUUUGGGAUUACUACCAGAUAAUGUUCAAAUGUCAAAAUGCCUAAAAUCAUGGUGUCGUUUAGCUAUGAUAACAGGGUGUAGGAUAACUUUAUGCCACUGGAAAUCUCCCACCUUGUCCACUUUUAAGGAAUGGAUAGAGGUACUAAGCUCAAUGGCAAGCUAUGAGCGGGUCACCUAUAGGGUGGCUGGGAGGAAAGAUCUAUUUAAUGAAGUAUGGGGCCCAUUCCUAGCUCAGUUGCUGGAUAUGAAAGGAUGACACUACCUACCUCAGCAUAAUUUUUAUUAUUUGGUUCAGGUACAGGAUGUGUAUACUGUAUGUAAGUGUAUGUAUGUAGACUUCCUAGGGUGUUGUGUUUUUGUUUUGUUUUUUGUUUUGUGGAUUUAUGUUCUGUGUUGGCUGUCUGGCUUGAUUUGUAUGUUUGUUGCUGGACUGCA